AUGUCUUUUGAGAAUGCAGGAGAGAUACCAUAUCACUGCUUAGAGUGUGGAAGCAGUUUUUCUCAACAGAAUACGCUCCAAAAACACCAGCGCAUUCACACAGGAGAGAAGCCAUAUCACUGCUUAGAGUGUGGGAAGAGUUUUACUAUGCAGAGUAAUCUCAAACAACACCAGCGCAUUCAUACAGGAGAGAAGCCAUAUCACUGCUUACAGUGUGGAAGCAGUUUUUCUCAUCAGAAUAUGCUCCAAAAACACCAGCGCAUUCACACAGGAGAGAAGCCAUAUCAGUGUUCAGAGUGUGGAAAGAGUUUCGCUCAAAGUGGUGACCUUAAAGUACACCAGCGUGUUCACACAGGAGAGAAGCCGUAUCACUGCUCAGUGUGUGGAAUAAGUUUUACUAAACGAUGUACACUCCAACAACACCAGCAUAUUCACACAGGAGAGAAACCAUAUUACUGCUCAGAGUGUGGAAAGAGUUUUAUUCAAAGUAGUGCCCUUAAAGUACACCAGCGUAUUCACACAGGAGAGAAACCGUAUCACUGCUCAGAGUGUGGAAAGAGUUUUGCUCAACAUGUUAACCUCAAAAUACACCAGCAUAUUCACACAGGAGAGAAGCCGUAUCACUGCUCAGUGUGU